AGACAAAGCUUAGUGGAGAAGCCACUCUUUCUCUCUCUCUUUCUCUCUCUUUUCUUUGAUGCUUUUGUUGGUUCCACAUUUGUUCCAUUUUGAUCCUUUUUGCUCAUCUGUUGUUGCUGCUUCUCCUCCCAUAUAAUAUAAAUAGAUCGAAACGCGCUCCUCCUCCUCCUCUGUUCUCAUCUGUCUUGCUCUUCGGCUUUACUCCUCGGCUUCGAUCUCAGAUCUCAGCUCGGGAGGAAACCCUAACCCGAGAAUUCGAUGCAAAGGGACUAUUCUCUCAGGGUUGACGCUCGAUCCUCCCCGGUUCCGGCUCCUCGGGAGAUAGGGUUUAGUGGCUGGCCGAGAUGACGGGGGGAUUCGAGGGGGAAGGAGGGGCUCCCGCCGGGAACCCUAACCGCCCCCCUGACGAUCCCAGGGAACUCCGCGAUGCCUUCGCAGAUAAUACCAUGUUUGAUGCCUCACAAUAUGCAUUCUUUGGCAUGGCGGUCAUGGACGAAGUUGAGUUAGGGGGUUUAAAAGACAAUGACAAUGAUCAUGAUGGUUUUAGUGGGAUUAAGGACGAGUAUCAUUUCUCUCCUCCUGGAGACAGAGAGGAUUUUUUUCCUUCUGGAAUACAAGACGUUUAUGAGGCUGAAGGAUUAGGUUCUCUGUCUGAUAUUGAUGACCUCACGAGCACUUUUGCAAAGUUGAACAGAGUUGUAAAUGACCCAAAAGGUGCAGGAGUUAUUGGUGAUAGAGGAUCUUUUUCUAGAGAAAGUUCUUCAACUGCUGACUGGACACUGGAGGGAGACUACUCAAACUGGAUUGAUCAGCGAAUAUUAGAUGCUGAAAACAUUCAGGAAGGUAAAAGAUGGUGGUCACAGCCGCGUCCCUCUUAUAGUCAGCUUUCAGAAUCCAAACCACUGUACAGAACAUCUUCAUACCCUCAGCAGCAGCAGCAGCAACAACAGCAGCAGCAGCAGCAGCAGCGACAGCGGCAGCAAUAUACCCAAGAACCAAUUCUCAUACCUGAUCCAUUUUUCACUUCCUACUCUCUAUCCAGUGGAGGAUCUCUGCCGUUGACGAACCUAACACGGCACUUGAGCAUUCCUUCUCUUGCUGCUGGGCUCCAACUGCCUGGCCCAAGUCUCACCCCUUAUUCUGAUUCUCAGCAACAAUUGGGAGGGUUAACUCAUGGAUUUCACUAUGGUGCAGACAUAUCCCAGAUUAUUCCUCCUGGCCCUGCAAUAAGUAGCCGGUCAAUGAACAAUUUACUGAACCAAUCUAGCCUAUUAUCGAGUGACAGUUUGUUGCCUAACUUGCUACAGCAACAAUUAUCUCUACCAAGCAACUUGAGAACUUCACAAAUAUUAUCGCAGCACCAACUACAGAGAAUGCAACAGGUCCAGCCAUCUCUUCCCCAUUUCUCCCACUUGCAGACUAAAUUCAACCCCCAUGGUUCCCCUCCACAGUUAAGGAACAAGUUUGAUCUGGCUUUUCCCAUGUCUGAUAUGAGAGACCAUAGAUCCAAAGCAUCACAAAGAGGAAAACAGAAUAUGAGAUUUUCUCGCCAGUCAUCUGAUACUGGCAACGUGAGAACUGACAAUAAAUGGCCACAGAUUAGAUCAAGGUACAUGUCACCUGAAGAGAUAGAAAACAUCUUGAGAAUGCAGAACGCCUCAAGUCACACAAGUGAUCCUUACAUUGAUGACUAUUACCACCAGGCUUGUCUUGCAAAAAAAUCAUCUGCAAGGCUGAAGCACAAUUUCUGCCCAACAGGUACAAAAGAUCCGCCUUCUCGGUCACGUGGUGGUAAUAUAUCACACACACAUGUUCAGAUUGAUGCACUGGGUAGAGUUAUACUCUCUUCGAUUCGUAGACCUCGCCCUCUUGUUGAAGUUGAUAUAUCAUCCUCGUUGGGUGAUGGCAUCCAUGAACAGAAGUCUUCCAUGAAGCCACUUGAGUGCGAGCCGAUGUUGGCAGCUAGAAUCACCAUUGAAGAUGCUAUCUGCCUUCUUCUCGGUGUAGAUGAUAUUGAUCGGCUUUUGCAGUUCAACCCGCCACAAGAUGGUGGAUUGCAGCUGAGGAGGAGAAGACAGAUUUUCUUGGAAGGGCUUGCGGCAUCACUUAAUCUUGUUGAUCCACUUGCCCCCAGUAAGGCUGGUCAUUCAGUUGGGCUUGGCCCAAAAGAUGACAUUGUUUUCCUUCGUAUAGUCUCUCUUGCCAAGGGUCGCAAGCUCCUAUCGCGCUAUCUUCGACUUCUCAAAUCUGGAAGUGAUCUUGCACGAGUGGUCUGCAUGGCUAUUUUCCGACACCUGAGGUUUCUGUUUGGUGGUUUACCUUCUGAUUCCAGUGCGGCAGAAACGUUAGCCAAUCUCGUGAAAGCUGUUUCUCUAUGUGUGUGCAAUAUGGAAUUAAGUGCACUCAGUGCUUGCCUUGCUGCUGUGGUCUGUUCACCUGAACAACCACCCCUUCGUUCAGUUGGAAGUUCAGCUGGUGAUGGAGCCACCAUCCUCAUAAUAUCCGUUCUUGACCAGGCAACCAAUCUUCUGACAGACCCCCAUUCUGCAAACAGUUGCAGCAUCUCUAACCGAAGUCUGUGGCAGGCAUCAUUUGAUGCUUUCUUUGGGCUCCUUACUAAAUAUUGCUGGAGUAAAUAUGACAGUAUUCUGCAAAUGUUACUUAUUCAGGCACCAAACGAUGCAGUUAUUGGAUCUGAUGCAUCCAGAGCUAUAAGCAGGGAGAUGCCUAUCGAUCUGUUACGAGCGAGCCUUCCUCAUACAAAUGAGCACCAGCGUGAGGUGUUACUUGAUUUUGCUCAGACGUCGAUGCCUAUUACUGGUUUUCGCGCACAUGGUAGUUGCAGUGGUCCUGCAACCUCUGAAUCAGUUCCUGGUUGAUGCACCUGGAGGGGUUAGUUAGAUGGCUUUUUAUUGUGUGCUAGAAUGGUUUUCUUUUCUCACAUUUGUGGCUCUUCAAUUAACCGAGCCCUGUUCGUAGCAUAUCGAGACGAUGCAGCAUGGGAUUUGUAGGAUUAUGGUAAGAUUAUAGCUUCUUUUCUUUUUAUGUUGUUGUGUUAGCCCCUGUAUUGGAAUGUAAUACUGCCUGCUUGUACAUAUGCUUCGAAAUCAGUCAGGAGUUGUGCCUGGAAUUAAUAUUAGUGCCCUGUAUUUGAACUCCACACGGACACAUCUCUGACAAAAGAUAUGCAGUUUCUGUCACUAGCGCA